AUGCGAGGCGAAUGUCUGAUGCAGCUCACCAUAAUCUUCCAUCGUUGCCAUCCUGGAGCUGCGACCGAAGGUAGUUGCGAGUACUACACAACAUGGAAUUGGACUACAGGGCUCUGUGGUUUCCUCGCGGCCAAGGGACUUUUGUGGUCGCGUUUCAUCGAGAGCGUCCAUCCACCAUUCAUUUGCCCAGUUCGUAAGGGCUACUACGAAGUUAUCAAUGGUACCGUCAGCAUGCGCGUCCUCGACACCAUGACAAAAGGAUUGAGCAUAGAGAAGUAUACCUGGAAGGUCGGAGUCAGAAUACACAACGAGCUGCAAGAAUUGGUCGUUUGUGGUCUCUUCAAGGCUGAGCUGCGUCGAGUUGUUACGAAAAGAGGGAAAACUUCGUCAUGAGGUUAUUCGAUUCAACUUGAACAGGUUCCGAAACAAUAAAUUCGGCUGCACCUCAUCGCAAUUUUAGCUGGCCAAUCGAUGUUAAGAAUCUUGCGUGCCAUCUGUCUAUUGCCGGCAUCAGAACAGCCCUAAAUGAAUGACAGCCCUCAGCGGGAAUGACAUCUCAUCAGCGCCUCUCCUCUCUCGCUCUGAAAACAGACAUAAAAGGGUCAUUGUUUACGUUCUCUGCUUUUCUUGCGGUAUCCUUGACUAUUUAAAGGGCACUGGGGCAUGCAAGGAUCGGAAGUAAGAAAAGUCUUAAUAGACUCACGCUGCAAGAAAAAGU